GCGAGUGGAUGCGGUAGUAGUUUUGAAAAACGUGCUAAUCUAGUUAGAUACUGUUGUUAAACAGUUUCAGCUGUGACUUUAUAAUAAUAACGUCGAGGGACAGAAUCAGAUAGGACUGUAUUUCUUAGCAUCGAGUAAUGAGAAAAAGAAGAUUAGCCUGUUGGUUUUGAUAAGAAACAUCUCGCGUGCCUCUAAACACCAGCAAAGCCAUCACUUUUAGAUCAAUUUUGCUUGAGUUUUGUGAAUAUGUACGGAAUAAUCGUUUUAGAUGUUAAGCAUAUAUUUUAAAAAAUCGUCGUUAAGAAUAGCGCCAACCAAUCCUAAAGCAAGAUAAAAUGUCUUCUCCUAUGUGUUUGUUAGACUCCCCUCAGAUGGAAAAAAAGUGUGCUUUUCCAAUGUCUACGACCAAAACUUUGCAUUCUCGAUUAACUAGCAUGGAGAUUAGCGACUCUGUUGACCCUUGUAUUAGAGAGUCGUCAACAGAUUACUAUACCCCUGGAUCCAGAGGUAGGGUUUCCGUAAUCACUGAGGAAAUGAUGGAAGAAAAUGACGAACAAAUAGCCAAUAAAAACACCGUAUAUUUUAGAGAUGGAAAGCGGAGAAUUGAUUUUGUUUUGGUAUAUGAGGAAUCAUUCGACCCAAGUAAGGAUGAAAAGAGAAAAGUAUUCGAAGAAAAUCUUGAAGCAGAAGGGCUAGAACUUGAAUUAGAAGACAAGUCCCGUAUGGAACAUAGGGAGCCAAUGGCCUGGGUAGCAGAUGAUGCAGAAAAUGAAGAAAUGUCUUGCAGCUCCCUCUGGUGUUUUGAUAGCGAAAACCCAUUCAUGUAUGAUAAGGAGCUAAUUCCUGAUGAUUCUCUAUAUUUUUCAAGCACCUCCAAUAAAAAUUACAAUAAUGAGUUUCAUGUGGUCGAAAAAGAAUCUUUCUUGACAUCCGCCCAGCGCAGCCGCAUUGUAUGGGAAGUGUUAAUGAGGACGCCUUAUGAAACAGAUUCAGGUUCAAAGACAGGUAUUAUGCGGCUGCUGAAUAACGGAAUUUACCUGUCUGGUUAUCCUCUACAUGAUGGGCCGUACAUUGGAAAGUCUGUGAAGAAAGGAGAACCCGGUUACUGUGAGCGCACGCUACUUUACAACGAAUGGGCGCAAUGGAAGUGUUGGUACAAAACGCAACCUCUACCCCUUAUCAGGAGGUAUUUUGGAGAGAAAACUGCAUUAUAUUUUGUCUGGAUUGGAUUCUAUACAACUGUGCUGAUUCCUGCAGCUGCGUUGGGUGUGUUGACGAUGAUUUAUGGCCUCGCAACCAUGAAAACAUCAACACCAAGUAAAGAGAUUUGUGACGACACAGUCGGUGGUAAUCUUAUUAUGUGUCCACUUUGUAAUCAACAAUGUGGAUUCUGGCGCUUGAAAGAUUCGUGUGUCUUCAGUAUGGUUGUGCACCUCUUCGAUAAUCCGGCUACUGUGGGUUUUGCUGUGUUCAUGUCUUUAUGGGCUACCAUGUUUAUGGAACUAUGGAAAAGAAAACAAGCACGCACUGCUUGGGAAUGGAAUCUUUCUAGCGCAGAACACAGUCUAGAAAUGAUUAGACCAGAGUAUGAAGCUAAAGUUUUCACCUACAAGUUCAACCCUGUUACCAUGACUUUUGAGCCAUUUCUACCUUUCUGGGAUAAAGUAGCCCGAAUUCUUGGAGUCAAUUCUCUCGUAUUGCUAAUGUUAUUUUCCGUAAUGAUAGCUGUUUUUGCAGUGAUUGUUUAUCGCAUAAUCAUUGUGACUCUGAUGUUCUCCAGUGAAACUCUCUUUUGGAGAAAAUACGCAAAAAUUGCCACAUCUUUUACAGCAGCCACGAUUAACUUAGUUGUUAUUGUUGUAAUGGACAGGAUUUAUCGCAAACUUGCUGGAAAAUUAAGUGAUAUAGAAAGACCUCGCACUCAACGUGAGUACGAAGAUAGUUUCACCUUCAAGAUGUUUGUCUUUACAUUCAUCAACACCUAUUCAUCCAUCAUAUAUAUAGCAUUCUUUAAAGGAAGAUUCUUUGGCCAUCCAGGAGACACUAUCACAAUUUUUGGGUAUAGACAAGACCAGUGCGAAAAUGGCGGAUGUCUUUUCGAAGUUUUUGUCCAAUUAGGUAUCAUCAUGGUGGGGAAGCAAGUCUUCAACAACAUAUACGAAUUUGCUACAAUGAAAAUAAUGAUUUGGUGGCGGGUGUACUGGCGGGCUCGAGAAAACUUUGUCCCUCAACAACCGAAUACACGUUGGGAAGAAGAUUAUAAUCUCGAAACCACUGACAGUAUGUCAUUGUUUGAUGAAUAUUUGGAAAUGGUCAUUCAAUUUGGAUUCGUCACACUGUUUGUAGGGAGUUUUCCUUUGGCUCCUUUGUUCGCUCUACUUAAUAAUGUAGUGGAAAUCCGUCUAGAUGCGUAUAAGUAUGUGGCCCAAUUAAGGAGACCUCUUACGUACCGAGUACAGAAUAUUGGGGCGUGGCAAGCAAUACUGAAGGGUUUAUCGUUCGUUGCCGUUAUCACAAAUUCCUUCAUGAUAGCCUAUACAAGUGAUUUCAUACCUCGCCUUGUGUAUAUGUACCGCUACAGUAAAGACGGCAGUCUUGAGGGUUAUAUCAACAAUACUAUGUCUUACUUCGAUACAGCUGAUUUUACAAACACCACAAAACCAAACAACAUGAUGCUGGACGGAGUCUAUGUAAAUCAAUGCAGGUAUCAAGACUACAGACACCCGCCAGGCAGUGACGAAAAGUACACAUUAUCUUUACAGUACUGGCAUAUAUUUGCUGCUAGGUUGGCUUUUGUUGUAGUUUUUGAGCAUUUGGUCAUGUUUAUUACCAGUCUGUUGUCUUAUGCUAUUCCCGACAUCCCUCGCUCAGUGCAGGGAGAUAAUUCUAAAUAG